ACUCAUUAGCCUUUACAUUUUACUCUUAAUUUUAAUUCUAAUUCUUUCUUAGAGAAGAGAAGAAAGAAAAGAAAAAAUGACUAGUGUCUCUCAUACUCAUCCUUUGGUCUUCACCUUUGGCAUUUUGGGUAACUUAGUUUCCUUCAUGGUGUUUAUUGCCCCAGUGCCAACAUUUUACAGGAUCGUUAAGAAGAAAUCAUCAGAAGGGUUCCAUUCAUUACCAUAUGUUGUUGGAUUAUUUAGUGCAAUGCUUUGGAUUUACUAUGCAAUGGUUAAAACCAAUGUUACACUUCUCAUCACCAUCAACUCUUUUGGCUGCAUUGCUGAGACCAUUUACGUCGCGAUUUAUUUUACUUACGCUACAAAAAAAGCAAGGAUGAAAACACUAGGACUUGUCCUACUGUUGAAUUUUGGUGUCUUUGGAUUGAUUCUUUUCCUCACACAAAUUUUAUGCCAAGGAACAAAAAGAGCUGAAGUUAUUGGAUGGAUUUGCAUGGCUUUUUCUAUCACUGUGUUUGUUGCACCUCUAAGCAUUAUGGGACGUGUAAUAAGGACCAAAAGUGUGGAAUUCAUGCCAUUUAACUUGUCAGUAGCUCUUACAGUUAGUGCUGUAAUGUGGUUUCUGUAUGGUUUACUUUUGAAGGACGUCUAUGUCGCGGUACCAAAUAUACCGGGAAUGAUACUUGGAGUGCUCCAAAUGAUAUUAUAUGAAAUAUACAGAAAUUCUAAGUCAAACAACGUCGCAACAGAAAAAGAAUUACCCACCGUGGUAAAGGUGGAUCAAGAGCAGCCCACAAAAGUCAAUUGCGAAGUUUAUCCAGUUAAUAUUUCAUCCUUGUACAGUGAAAAUGGAGAGGGUAAAGAUGCUAAAAAUCUUGAAGAUUCCCAAAUUUACUCUCAAGCUUAA